ACAAAGAGCUGGUACGAUGCUCAGGCCUACUGCAGAGAGAAAUACACCGACCUGGUCAGUGUGAGGAACCAAACUGAGAAUGACGAGAUCAUGAGAAUGAUUCAAGGUUCAGACAUUCAAGUUGUUUGGAUCGGUCUGUUUAAUGACUUCUGGAAUUGGUCAGAUCAGAGUAACUCCUUAUUCAGAUACUGGAGAUCUGACAAACCCAGUGGAAGUUUGAUCUGUGCUGCAGUGUCUGAGUCUGAGCAACGUUACUGGACUGAUGUGAACUGCACAGAAAAACUCCCGUUCAUCUGCCAUGAGAAUAAACUGAUCCUGAUUAAGGAGAAUCUGACCUGGUGGGAAGCUCUGACAUACUGCAGGAACCAUCAUCAUGACCUGGUGUCAGUGUGCACCGAGGAGAUGCAGCUCUGGGUGAAGGAAGUGACUCAAAACGCCUCCACUGAACACGUGUGGCUCGGCCUGCGUCACGACUGCGCCCAGCGGGUCUGGUUCUGGGUUGUUGGAUCAAUAAUCUGCUAUCAGGGCUGGGCACCAGGGAAUGGGACCUGGAAUGAAGACUGUAGUCAUGAGAAGAGAAGCGGAGCAGUGCAGUCUGGAGGAGAGCAGAAGUGGAUCGAGCUGCCUGAGAGCCAGAAGCUCAACUUCAUCUGCUCUACCUAUGAUGAUAUGUUUUAUUAAACAUGAAGACUGAAGACAAGUUGUGGUCCAUCAUCAGUGUCCGGCAUCAGCUGAUCUACUGUAAUGUCUCAUUUAUACUCUUCUACACAUUUCUGAUUAUUAUUAUUAUUACUACUACUGACUGUUCUUAUUAAUACAGGGGUUUCUGGGUAAUGUAGGUGAAAUCUAUUAACCUGAUGUUUAAACUACAGUGUGUUGGUUUGCACAUUUAAUUGUUUAUCGUUUGCUUUCUAUGAAUAAAGAACUAUAUCAUAUUCAGCUCAUUUACACCUAUGCAGAAAGUUUAGAACACCAAGCCAUGUAAACAGUUAUGUUAAAAUCAUCAUUAUUCUUUUUUAUAUUUUUGUUUUCAUUAUAUAUAUAAAUACAUAUAUGUAUGCAGUUCUUUGAGCUUGUUAUCAGGAUGUCUGCAUAAUGACAUUUUGAUGGUUUCUAUACCUGGGAUUUCUGAGCACUUGUUUCUUUAACGUGUAAGGAUAUGGAUCGUAAUGACUGCUGCCAGUUUCCUAUCAAAUAAAAGUACAUUUCAAGUU